AUGGAGACGCGUGCUAAGCAACCAUUAUUAUUGAUUGCUCCGGACCGGAAGACGAUUUUGCCCAGUGAACACCAGUACGAGUGCCCCGUUACAGUUCUCUUGAAGGAACAAUGCGCAAUAAUAUACGUCUCUAUGACUAGAAGCAAUUUGAAGACACAUCUCAAAUGGCUGUUGGAUCAAGGCAGGACACUAUAUCCAGUUCUGACGCCGCCCGCGUGGGAGUCGCAUGUCAAUCCGAUCGACUCUCAUAGCACUUCGGGCGCAACAUUAAACCUCAUCGCGAGUCAGACCGAAGACCUCAGCAUCGAGGAAUCACAGCCGCCCCCUGCAUCGACAGUCGAUAUCCCCUUGGACGAUGUGAUUGAAUUAGAUUCGGACGAAGAAAAUAUGGCGCGCCUAAUGCUAGGUCCUCCGUCCUCGACGAGCAAGCCACGGAUGCUCAGCACCAAGGAGCCUCCUAGUUCCGCUCGAAAGGGCUCCCGGAGUUCGUCUGCGAAACGAGAAACAACCGAGACUCCCCGGAAUAAACCGUUCAAAGAACCUCCGAGUUCAUUAUCUUCAUUUCGAGAUCGUAAAGGGCAAAUAUCAACACCGGUACAAUCGAAGCGGCAGCUGAACGUACCGUCUUCAAUACAUUCAUUACAAGAUAUUGACACAAUCGAUCUGACCAACGAUUUCGACCUCAAUGCGCUAUCGUCCGAUAUUAGAGAGGAGUUUGGUGAGCCACGCCGGCUUUGGUCCGAGGACGCUGCCUCUAGAAAGGAGCCUACGGACAAGCGAGGAAAGAAGAGGAAAAGUGACGAGUACGCGUCUGACCUUGUGUCUCCGAGAGCAUCUAGUCGCAAAGCUCGGUCGCCUCAUGUUUUCAGUACGACAUCGCAGUCUGACCGUUUCAUGUCAACGCACGCUUCUCAACGUACUUCUAGAGAUGAACCUCCGCCAUCGAGACCUAAGAAGCAGGAAUCGUCAUCCUCGAAAGGUGCGGACAGAGCUACAGCUAUCCCUGAUUCCGACGACGACGUUGAAAGCUUGUUUGAAAGCAUUAUCGAGACAACGCAACCCUUGCCUCGAACGACCAGCAAAUCUUUGUAUCCUGUCCUGCCUUCUGACAAGCAUUCCAACACCCCCAAACUCAUCCACUCGCCGAAGCGAAGAGAGCCUAUUUCUCCGGACUCCAUAGAUAUCCCGGAGAUUACCCGGCCUACUCCUCUACGUAAAGGCAAUACAAACCCUCAAAGCCCACGCGCGCUUCCAUCUCUGUCGUCAAACUCUGCUAAUCCAGAGUCUGCGUCGAGAGACUCGGAUGUUGAAAGAUUCUUGCAAAUCCCUGCAGCUUUGCUGGAGCGGUUGCUCACAUGCUUGAACGACACUGUUCGAAAGAACUCGGAUAUCAUUUACGAAGCGAUGCUGAAUGGCCAAUCAAGUCCUGAAAUACACGCGCUAAUAUCGGAGAACGCAAUUCAUCACAGGCAAAAAACGGCUCUUGAGGUCUUGACUACAAAAAGGUCUGCAUAUCUACACCGAGAAGCCGAGUCGAAAUCUCUCAGAGAUGAUAUCAUGCAUGCUCUAAACCAGGGAACGUCCAACGUGCUGUCGAAAGUUGAACAGCAAAAAAAAAUCACGACGCAGAUAAAGGAUAUGGAGGCUGAUAUGCGUGAUCUGCUGCGAGAUGCUGAUUUAUUCUCCACCCUUGAGAAAUAUACUCUGAAAACCAGAGCAUCAGAAUUGGAGCCAUUGCAUUCCUUACGAACAGUUUCUGGCAAUCUUGACGGACUUGAGGACAGGGGUUUUGACAAGAGCCCUGUCGCAGGUAGUACUUCCUUCAAACCGGCUUACGAUGCGAAGGAACCUCGUCUGAGUACCUCAAAGUACGGAACAGAUUCCUUUACUAGUCGCUCCAAGAGCCCAAACGCCAACCGAUUCAAUCACAAUGAUCCAAUGAUGAGCGAUGGUGAGACGACCUUUACCAGAACCAUGGGCUCUCCAUUCCCUCCGGAAGAAGAUUUUGACGACUUCGAUAUGGAAGGCUUUGAUGAGGAUAUCCUAGAAGCCGCAGACAAUUUCGAGGAAGACCAGUCUUUCUCGACAGAUAAGCAUGAACCUUAUAAUCGUCCAGUGUUUGCUGAAACCUCAGGAAAUGCAUGCAGGCUUCCCGCAACGCAGAAAUCGCAAACUCUUGGUACACUUUGGGGUCAGCACCCAUGGACAAAGGACGUGAAGAAUGCUCUGAAAGAGAGGUUUCACCUCAGGGGGUUCCGCCCCAAUCAGCUCGAAGCAAUCGACUCAACUUUGAGUGGAAAAGACACGUUUGUGCUAAUGCCUACAGGAGGAGGGAAGUCUCUAUGCUACCAGCUACCCUCUGUUAUCUCCAGCGGCUCAACCAGGGGCGUUACCAUUGUUGUUUCGCCACUUCUUAGUUUGAUGCAGGACCAGGUGGCCCACUUGCGUCAAAAUAAAAUCAAAGCGUACUUGGUCAAUGGUGACACGCCGUCGACGGAACGUCAAUGGAUCAUGAGCAUAUUAUCCAGCCGAAGCCCCGAAACGCACAUCGAGGUUCUCUACAUCACACCGGAAAUGAUCGGCAAAAGCCAGGCCCUAACUGAUCGCAUGGAAGGGCUCUGUGGCAACCAGAAGCUCGCGCGCAUUGUCAUUGACGAGGCCCACUGUGUCAGUCAAUGGGGUCAUGAUUUCCGUCCGGACUAUAAAGAGAUCGGUGCUUUUCGGGCAAGGAUACCUGGUGUUCCACUAAUGGCGCUGACCGCGACAGCAACGGAAAACGUCAAGGUUGAUGUGAUACACAACCUCAAAAUGCAUGGUUGCGACGUAUUUACUCAAAGCUUCAACAGGCCGAACCUGACGUAUGAGGUACGCCACAAAGGAAAGAACGCGGUACUUCUAGAGAACAUUGCAGAAAUCAUCAAUACUUCCUACCGGAACAAAUGCGGUAUCGUUUACUGCCUAUCACGGAAGACCUGUGAGGAAGUUGCGGAAGCCCUUCGAAAGAACCACCGCAUCAAAGCCGACCAUUACCAUGCAGGCUUAAAUGCAGAAACACGCGCAAAGACUCAGCAACGCUGGCAAGCUGGGGAGGUACAUGUCAUAGUCGCAACGAUUGCUUUUGGUAUGGGAAUCGAUAAGCCAGAUGUGAGGUUCGUUAUACAUCACAGCGUUCCCAAGAGCCUGGAAGGGUACUACCAGGAAACUGGACGCGCUGGACGUGAUGGUAGGCGCUCUGGCUGCUACCUUUUCUACGCCCGUCGAGAUGUUACCACUAUGAAAGGCAUGAUCGAGAAAAGCGAUGACGCCAGUGACGAACAAAAAGGCCGGCAGCUCAGGAUGCUCAGUCAAGUCGAGAAAUACUGCGAAAACGGGAAUGAUUGCAGAAGAGUUCAAAUCCUGGCAUAUUUCAGCGAAUCGUUCAAGCGCCAGGAUUGCAACGCUUCUUGUGACAAUUGCAGAUCAGAGGAUACCGUUGAGGUGCGAGAUUUUUCUCAGCUCGCCUCGGCAGCAGUCACGAUUGCUCGAUACUUUCAAGAGCGGAAGGAAAACGUCACACCCAGCUAUUGCGUGAACAUUUUCCGCGGAACCACCAAGACAUUCAGGUCUCCUGAUCAUAGGGAGGCGCCCUGCUUUGGCGAUGGAGCGGACAUCAAAUUAGGGGACGCAGAACGGCUUUUCCACAAACUAUUGGGCGAGAGAGCAUUGAAAGAAGAAAAUGUAGUGAACAAGCGUGGCUUUCCCGUUCAGUACCUCAAACUGGGACCUCGCGCAUCUGACUUUGAGAGCGGCCGACGGCGUCUCAGGCUUGAUGUCCGAGUUUCACUCGACGGCAACGAUACCGGGAGAAACCAUUUACCUCAAUCCACCAACGUCUCGUCACCGGUCCAGUCAGCAAACCGGCGUCGGUUGGAUCGUUAUCGGUACGCUAAUUCUGCAGCCAACGAGUCCGAUACCGAUACGGAUAGCGAUGGAUUCGAGAAAAUUCGCGUUGCUGGUAGAAAAGAGCGGAAGGGAAAGAACCUUCCUGGGCCACCCAUCACUCAGGACGACCGAUUUGACCAACUGGAUCAUCUUCACAGAGCUGUUGCAGAAGAUUUCAUGGUCUACGCCAAACACUACUGCCAGGAAGUGGUUAUGCUCAGAGGGCUUAGGAACCAACCUUUCAGCGAUACAAUACUUCGGGAAAUGGUUAUGGUCUUCCCAAAAGACAAACAGGAAAUGCUCCAAAUACCUAACAUAGACCCGGACAGAGUUCACCGAUAUGGCGGCAAGAUACUCAAAUUGAUCAGGGACACUCAGCAACGUUUGGCCGAUCUCAAGCAGGAAGGCGCUGAUGCCGAUGGCGUUGUUCCUGAUCCAAAUCAUCACAACGUCGUCAACGUUAGUAGCGACGACGAAUUCAGUGAUGCUGCCGACGUCUUCAUGGAUCACGACAGUGCGCUGCAGCCCGAUGACAGAGUUGUUACAAGUCAAUAUUUCUCAAGAUCCCAGCAACCCUUUGACGACGACUCAGGGGAUGAGUAUCGCCCCUCACCAAAAGCGGGCAAUUCAAGGGCACAGAAACGGAAGGCUACUAACAAACGCCCUCCGCGCCGGAAGAGCGGCGACGCAAAACCAAGGGCAAAAGCUACGCGCAAGCCCAAGACGAAUGGCAGUCGUUCGCAAGGCCGCUCCUACGCGCGAAACGAAACAAAGGGGAAACAAAAACCGCCCACGAGCCAGAUAGCUAUGAUGCCGAUUUGA